AUGGAUGAGUUAUUGGUUGCUGCUCAGAAGCUUGAUUUUAUUGAGAUGAAGUUUACUUCGUAUUUUGAAACUCAAGAAGGAUACGAUUUCAAGCAAUGUCUUGAAAGUGAGGGACAUUGUAAGAAUCCAAUUUGUCGUCGGCAGCAAGAAUUCUUUCAUGAAUUUUUCUGCGAGGCGAUGUUUGACCUUGAAACAGAGUUGCCAGAUAGAAGCAAGUGGCCGGCUGUUCUACGAAUUAUUGGGCACGAUCAUUACCCAGCAAAAUAUUCUGAUGGAUCGUGGGUUGAUGAUUACUCUUUUUCAAGCGACGAGGAAUAUCAUGGAGAGUACCCACCAAUUAUUGUUGAUGAAAGCAAGCCUGAGUCGAUUGGAUCAUAA